UGCAAGUUCACGCCCGUCCUCGAAAUACCAAUAGUAAUACGGAUCGAACGAUUGGUGGCAUCUCAAAGACAGAACGCUCGUGAUCGUGCAUGCUAUGGUCUGCUAUGGCGCAAUUCGAGUUCUUACAGAUUAGCGAUCUUAAACCCUUUCCACGAUGGCCACAUUCCCCAAGCAUGAGUACUCUCUCCGUCUCGGCAGCAUUGCCCCUGACUUUGAGGCCGACACUACGAUCGGACCCAUCAAAUUCCAUGAAUGGCUCGGAAAUUCCUGGGGUAUCUUGUUCUCUCAUCCCGGAGACUUCACCCCCGUCUGCACAACCGAACUUGGUGAAGUUGCGCGUCGUGCUGACGACUUUGCCAAGCGCAACAUCAAAGUCAUCGGCAUCUCUGCAAACGGCCUAGAAGAGCACGACAAGUGGAUCAAGGACAUCAACGAAUAUGGUAGCAAGGUUGCGCCCACGGAUGUCCAAUUCCCCAUCAUCGCAGACCCCGAUCGCAAGGUGUCCUACAUCUAUGACAUGCUCGACUAUCAGGAUGCCACCAACAAAGACCUCAAGGGUCUACCUUUUACCAUUCGCACUGUCUUCGUGAUCGACCCGAAGAAAGUCAUUCGCCUGACUCUCUCAUAUCCUGCCGUUGCUGGCCGCAAUUUUGACGAAAUUCUGCGCGCAGUCGAUGCAAUUCAGUUGGGCGAUAAGCACCGCAUAGCCACUCCCGUGAACUGGAAGCCUGGCCAGGAUGUGAUCAUCCACGUCGGGGUCAACAACGAGGAGGCCAAGACCCUGUUCCCCGAGCAUACAGUUCAUCUUCCUUACUUGCGCACAACCCCGUUGUCGCCUUCAAUCUGAAAUAAAUCUGGGGCAAAGCUUGGCAGAUCACACCGGUGUUUCAAUGUGUACUACCGAAGGUCGUGUCCUUACAUUGAAAGUGAGAAGUGCUAGAAUUACAUGUCAUUAAGUGGAUACAUAGUGUGCUUUAAGUGUACAACAGCGAGGAGCCUUGCAUCGAAAGAC